GUGAUGAAUUCAAAUCAUCAUGCUGUAGUUUUUGUUAUUACAUGGACUCGUCGAGUAGUUAGUAUGUUUACCGUUUAUAUUUCAUUCGUCAUUGGGGAACUUCAAAAAUGUUUUUUUACUCUUCAUCCCCGUACCCCAUCCUUCUCCGAACUCGGAUAAUCGGAUAAAACUUCCGGCGACCGGAUAUAAUUCCUGAACAUUCUAAAUUAAUAUCAUGAAUUCGACUGAGCCCAAUGACAACAGUGAAGAGGUGGAGACUUCUAAUUUUCGAUUCUUGCGUAGCUGUUUGGGGCGUGUACUAUUUUUAUUGGGGCUCUUCCUCCUGCUUAUCUUCUUGCUUUGUUCUGCUGUGUAUAUAGAGAAUUUACCGAUUUGGAAUCCAAUUUCUCUGCCAUCCCGAUGCAAAAUAGUUUCUAGCAGUGUGGAUAUUAGAUCAUCUAAAGUAUGUGAACUGGGACUGUUGAACUACAAAGCUAAAAAUGUACUUUACCCGUAUGAAAUAAAGAAGUUUCGAUGUCAUUAUGAUUACUACUGGGCAUCUGUAUUUAAGGUUGAAUAUAUAGAUCAUUCGGGCCAUUCGCGUCUCGCUUUCGCUGAAGCUCCUAAUGAAGCACUUCCCUCUGACUGUAGACCCAAUUUUAUUGCUGCUUGGCUGGCAAAGGAUAGAUUCAAGGUUAAUGAAACUUACAAGUGCCGGUACACGUUGGGAAUUUCUAAGAUUGACAUAUAUGAAGAUGGCUUUUUCGGUUGUCAAGCUAAAGAUCCAUCCACUGUAGAGAUGUCCAUUCGGUAUAUAAUCCUGUUCAUGCGAAUAUUAAAAUCUGCAUUUCCCAGUGCAAAUUUACGAAGAUCCUGGGGAUUGGGUGUGGUUACUGGACUGCUCACGGGGAUCUUUUCCUCCCUUGCUAUCAUAUUCUCGGCUAGCCUUGUAUGGAAAUUCAGGCCUAAACGUCGCCACCUCUCCAUGACCAGAUGGCUUACUUUGCACUGUAGUGCAGUCUGUUUAAAAAGAGUCUGUUUCUUUGUAGCAUAUGUGUCCUUUUCAAGCUGGUUAGCCAUUCAAUACAUAAAGAGAAUGGGCAUCCCUGAGGUUAUAGUUUACAAUAGGUAAAACCUUAAAAGGAGCAGGAACUGUUUCUUCAUAGCAGCUUUAUGAAGAUAGAUUUCCAUUCUGUAACAGUCUAAAAUCUGGUUUCAUUAGAAAAUAGAUUUCCAUUUUGUAACGUUUGUAUUUCUGGUGUAUCAUUUGUAUGGAUUUUUAUAGGAAGUACUCCCUCCGUACUUUCUCUCAACAAGCUUAGAUCCUAAACUCUCUAUUUCUCUCUAACCGGACUGUCUUAGAACUUUGUUGAAUGGGUACAAUCGCGAGGAAGAUGAGUGAUUGUUUCAUUAUGUCCUUAUAUUUUUAUUUGUG